AUGACGGCGCCUCGCUUUUACAUGAGCGAGUGGCAGCUCAUGUAUGAAAACAGCUGCAGGUUGAAUUGCCUCAGGCUCUCGGGCGCGGGUGGGCGUCCAUCUAGUUUAGGCGCGACACGUUGUUCAUCACUGUCCCAGUUAACGGUGAUGCAGGGGUCUACGAUGCAGAAGCUGACGCUGGGCCCUAAACAACCCGGGAGUGGCACUCUCACCUUGACUCUCCUCAGCGACCUCUUUGGAACUGGCAGCUACUUUAAGUAUGGGAGUUACGUUCAGCGCUGGACGCUACACCUCGAAACGGGCGAAUCCAGCUACGGGAUACGACGUUCGAUACGUGGGGAGACAUGCAAGCCAGGCGUCGGACAGCUGAGGGGAAAACCUGUGCGGAACGUGCUGUCACGGCUUUGUCAGCAGGAGACAGGUUCUGUCGCCGCGGUCCUCCACCUUGCCUCCACCCACUGUCAAGAUGAGUCGAGCGCGCAUGCGGUAUCGGCCGGUGGCUCGAUGGACCCCCUCCCUCCUUCGAACCGCUGUCUGCUUGCUUUGCCAUCUGUCAUCGAUUCAUCGGUCACUGGCGUGUAUCUUAUAAACAUGAUAUCCGACUCGGAGUCUCUCAUUUCCCCCCUUUCUGCGCGAGGCUCCCGCUACUCUCCCCCGCGGAGCAAUGCGCCAUCUGUUGCGUCCUCCGCGGCGUCGUCCACGCUCAGUGUCGCGACUAACAACACGACCACGCCGUCAACGCCCGCAAGCACCGUCUCCAAAAGCCGGAGCGUCGGGAGUCCCGACGCUCCGGCUUCUUCAGCCGGUUCACGGGCGUACUGGGUCAUACCCGACGUCCAUCUCACAACUCUUCGCAAGUCGGCUGGUAAUGACGACAAGAAAAUGCACGUCUUUAGAUCUAUCCUCGACAAUGAUAGGGCCUCACAUGGCAAUAAUCCCGCUGCGAUCAACGUUGUUCCCGAAGAGGAAGUAGUAGAUGAACAGCAGCAACAACGGAUCUCCUGUGUGGCAGGUCAAUUGUAG